CGUUUUUCUGGGUGGAGGUUUCACAUAUUUGUUGAAUCUCGUCAGUAGAAGUGACGAACGGAGAGGGGAGAGCUCGCCGGCUUCACAUUCUGAAGAUUUCUUCGUUAUUUCAGUUGUUGUUUACAAAUGGAUCUUCUCCAACAGCUAAGAAGAAGAAAUGGAUGUACGGGAAGUUUCGAUUUUUAGCUAGUUAACCGUAAAGGAGUAAGAAAUACGGGGGAAAGAGCGGAAAUCACACCGUUCACAGAGACGGAGAGGGAGUAUUCAUAAUAAGAAGGGAGGUGGCGAAGAAUGAGACUCAGUGUUAGGGCGCAGCCACAAGAACGGGAAGAUGGGCAAUUGCGGUACCAGGGAAGAAUCAGCGGUCGUUGCUCAUGCUCACACCCAUGCUCAAGCUCAGGAAGUUCGUAUGUUCCCUUUGCCUGGUAAUAAUGCUCCUUCUGAUAAGAAGUACAACCAUUCCUUCUCGGAUUUGAGUGAUCCUUCUACCCCUCGCAACACUGAGGAUUCCAGAAAGAAUGCAGUUUUGUACACCCAUGUGAUAGCCUUCACACUCUUUGAACUUGAAACCAUUACCAAGAGUUUCCGUUCAGAUUACGUCCUUGGUGAAGGUGGGUUUGGGACUGUAUACAAGGGAUACAUAGAUGAGAAUGUGAGGGUUGGCCUCAAAUCUCUCCCUGUUGCUGUCAAAGUUCUUAAUAAAGAAGGUCUUCAGGGUCAUAGAGAAUGGCUUACAGAGGUCAAUUUUCUAGGGCAGCUUAGGCAUCCAAAUCUGGUGAAGUUGAUCGGGUACUGUUGUGAGGAUGAUCAUAGAUUACUUGUAUAUGAGUUCAUGUUUCGAGGCAGCCUGGAGAAUCACUUAUUCCGAAAGGCAGCAGUUCCAUUAUCUUGGGCGACAAGAAUGAUGAUUGCACUUGGAGCUGCCAAAGGGCUUGCUUUUCUUCACAAUGCAGAAAGGCCUGUUAUCUACCGGGACUUCAAGACCUCUAAUAUUCUACUGGACUCUGACUACACAGCUAAACUUUCAGAUUUUGGGCUUGCCAAAGCUGGACCGCAAGGUGAUGAGACUCAUGUAUCAACUCGUGUGAUGGGUACAUAUGGUUAUGCUGCACCUGAAUAUGUAAUGACUGGUCACCUGACUGCCAGGAGUGAUGUCUAUAGCUUUGGUGUUGUUCUUCUUGAGCUGUUAACAGGUAGGCGUUCUGUGGACAAAACACGACCUGGCAAGGAGCAGAGCCUGGUAGACUGGGCACGUCCAAAACUUAAUGAUAGAAGAAAGUUGCUGCAGAUAAUUGAUCCAAGAUUGGAGAAUCAAUACUCAGUGAGGGCUGCACAGAAGGCGUGCAGUUUGGCUUACUAUUGCCUGAGCCAAAAUCCUAAAGCAAGGCCUCUCAUGAGUGAUGUGGUAGAGACAUUGGAGCCCCUGCAAAGCAGUGGUGCAAAUGAAGUUUCGAGACAGGGUCCAGUCAGUUUGGGUCUUCCUGACAAUCAGAUGCACCGCAAGUUUGCAGGCAACGUUGCCGCUGGUUGUAGGUCUCAGAACCCCAAUUGUUCUCCAGGUGGCCCUGCAGCAUGCAGGGUGAGAUGAGAAAGUAUUAGAAGUGUUGUGUGAUGCAGGUUUCUGUGUGCUUAUUUUUCCGAGGUACCCCUCCUGUGGAAUGAUCAGAUGUCAAAAAUGUGUUUGAUAUCAAUUUCUGUGUGCUUAUUGUUCAAAUGGCAGUAUGUGAAUGGAUAAUGCUUGUUAAGAUACAUGUAUGCAUGUUCUUGGUAUUGCAUCUGCUUUUGACUUAAUAUUUUCUUUGCCUUCCUUGAUGCAUCAGUUGAUCCAUUUGCUCGA